AUGGACCGCCGCGGCCGCUCCAGAGACGUCUCUCCCGUCGCACUCGCCCGCGCUGCCCUCCACCGCGACCUCAACCACGAGUGCGGUCACAAGCACGCACCGCCUCUUCCCCCGCCACCAUUCCUCCCGGCGUUCUUUCCCGACUCCCCCCCGCUGCGCGACUCGGCCGAGCUCUCUCCAUACUCGCCCGGACCAUCCAAACCUUCAGGCUAUGACUCGCGAAGCCCUAUAAAUCGCUUCAACCAACCAUCCACCUCAUCCUCCCCCACAGACACGCUGCCACGCACAUACUCCUCCAGCAGCGUCCAGUCCGCCACCUCGGACGCAAACCCACCCGAACCCCUGACACCCCCCGACGUCGAGUGCGCGUACGCGUGCGAGCGCCCACUCGAAUACUAUGAUUCCCCACCCUCUCCGCCCCGCACCCUCCAAGACCAGAUGCACGUCGCGUACGCGCUUGAGAACAUGCACCUAGCCAAAGUUCUCUUGCUGAAACUGCGCGGCAUCGAGGUCAGCGGCGACGACGACCCGCGUAUCGAGCAAGUACGCGAUGAAGAUUUCUCGAGCUCGUUUGUUCCGCCGGGCGGUCUCCAGUUGGACGACGCGACCGAGGCGCGCGUCCGCGAGGCCGAGCAACGCGCCCGUGAUGCUCAAAGACGAAGAGAGCGCGAGGUGCGCCUGCGGCGGUGCGAGCGGAUAUGGGAGAGCAGCGCCCAAAGGCUCAAGACCGAGAAGGCACGUAUCGCGGCGCAGCGAGAUGAGGAGGUACGAGUCCGGCGGCGCGAGGAGCGCGAGGCCCGCGAACGGGAGCGGGAGCGUGCGCGCAAGGCAGAGGCCGCCCGGGCCGCGCGGCAUCAGCUAAGGAUAGCUGGCGGCCACCCGCGCCAACUGCUGUCCUAUGAUUCGCUGAGGAAGGCGGAUGCACGCUUUCCCAAGCCCACCACCUCAAGGGAACGCGAGGACGAGUCCAGCGGCGGCUUGUUCCUGUACGACAUCAUGCCCUCCCCGCCUUCACGCCCCCUCUCGCUCUCUCGCUCGCUGAGCUCCUCCCCGCCUACCGACAACGACCUGUCGCUUCAGCGUGCGCAGCGUGAGCUGGCGCUGGAACAUGCACGCAGCAUCUCGAGGUCAGUGCCCUUCGGCGAUGUGCUCACCUCCAUGCACGGCCCCCUAUUCGUGGACGAUGUCAACUGCCGGCCACGUACCCGUCCCACUUCGCAGCAAGCAGAGCUCCUCGCCAUCCUGUUGCAACCGGUUGAGGUGGAUCAGGCUGAUGUCAAGGGCAAGGGUCGGGAAAGCAUCCUACCAAAGCCAGCGUCUCAGCGAAGGGACCAUGCCAAGCACAGUCCAGCUGCCCGUGCGGCGCGGUCCUCGACACUCGACUCACUCUCCAGUGAGUCUUCCGGCACGUCAUCUUCGGCAUCUACCGUCACGCGCUCGGGCUCCUGGUUCUCCUUCGGGAGCAGGGGUUCCUUCCGCUCCGCCUCGACCGCAAUCACUUCGCCAUCUACGUCCCCCCGAACGCCUACCAAGGCCAUCCUAUCUUCAAAUGCUCCUCUCUCCACCUCCCCCACUUCCAUUGAGUCUGGUCGUGUGCCAAGACGGUCGUCGAAGCACCCAGCCGCCCUGACCGUCCCCGCCUCCGACCAUCCUCUUUCCCUCCCUAUCCCGCCGAAGCCGAAGGCCCGUGAGCCGCUUGCGAUAGGGCGAGGUCGGCCUCUCACACGUCAGGCCGGCCCGUCUGGGCAAUCGGACGACCUCUCGCCGCCGAAUGCCUCGGGGCUCGUGCACCGGGUGAGCCGCUCGGUGUCGACCCUCAUGGACUUCGCGGCGCAGUUUCAGAAGGCAUACGUCAAGGCGACGAUGUUCUCCGCGGGGGUCGACCUGUACACGCGCGCGGACUCGCGCUCCACCUCUCGCUCGCCCUCACGCUCCCCGGUGCGAGCCGCUCCGCGCGUGCGGUGCACGUCGGUGCCCGUGCGCGGACGCUCGGGUGGGCUGCGCCCGGAGGGUUACCGCGUGUGCCCGACGGACGUACACCUUUUCACCGCGCUCGAUCUGUCAGCGAACGGAGCACCGCAGCUGCAGCGGACGCUAAUUCCGCUUUGCACACCUUCUGUCGACUCCAUCCCCGCGCACGAGCGCGUUUUCCCUCUACCCCCGCCGCUACCCCGCUCUCCAUUCCGCCCGCCGUUCCCUCCUGGGGCCGUCCUCUCCCGCCUACGCCCUGUCGCAAACCCGUUGUUGGUGCGCCUACAAGCGCUGCAUAACGUUUGCAGGGUGUAUGGCAUCCAGUGGCAGAAUCGCACGCGCGAGUCUGCCCUGAGUGGGUUCAAGGAGAAGGUGGUCGGCGUCGCAUGGGAAGGCGUCGGCAGGAGUGGCCUCGGGUGGGAGGUCGCCACGACGUACUAGUUGUACGUUGUGCUUCCUCCUUCCCUCAAUAUUUGCUUUGGGUACUGACGUCGCUGUCGGUAUCCUCCCCACGUUAUGAAUUCUGCGCCUGUUGCUCUGCUAUCGCUUGCGCUCCUCACGAGUUUCACGGACUUAUCACGACCUAUAAUACAUUCACGCUCACGUUCCCCCGUCUACGCAUCUUCUUACCCCUCAUCACGCCGUUUACUUCCUCAUCCACUUCUCUACUAUGGCGGGCUGUCACACCGGGGCCAUGUACUUGUUGUCACUAUCUGGGCCGGUAGAGCCCCGCUGCGACGCCCCCCGCCUUCUACGUUCUGGAUCGGACCUUUCAUCUCCCUCCUACCUGCCCCUAUGCUGCCUAAUGCUCCCCUAGUGAUGCCCGCUCGCUUAUAUCUCCCCCAUUUCCU